ACUCAUAACAACCGCCCCCCUCUCCAAACCGACCAAUCACACGAGACUGCUUCCAGAGGAGCGCGUUUUAUUUGCCUAAUUGACCUUGAACCCAACAAAUGGGAGCUUCGGGUAGGCGUGUCUUCAAGGUGCAGAGGUUUGGUUGCACUGCAACGUACCAACUUUUACUACCUUAAAUGAAGCUUUUAAAAUGAUUUAUAUUAAUAUAAUUUGACGAAGCUUUUUUUUUUUUACAGACACGAAACUAAACAAAUUACACACAAUUUGCAUGCAUUUGCAGCAUGAAUUGCGGAGGUUUGCACGCCGGGUUUUAAUUACAUUACAAAAGUGUUCUCGUAAUCUGGGGUGGAAAGCUAGCCAGCUAGCCCGCUAGCUAGCAUGUUGCUAGGCUAGCUUUCCCGGCGAAGAGCUGCGUUUUGGGAUCUUACUUCUCCAUUCUCACGCUCCUACUUUCGCUGACCAGAAAAGACUCCCAGCAUGCUGAUGGUGGGAGGCGAUGGACUGCGGCACUAGAAUGAGUGUGAAGGAGCUGUGUGAGACGGAUGACCUGGCCACCAGCCUGGUGCUGGACCCGCUCCUGGGCUUCACCACCCAUAAAAUGAAGAUCAGCCCAGCACCAGAGGUUCGUCGCUGGGGCAACUUGAAAGAGACGCUGCUGCGCUUCCAACGCACACACGACUUUAACGCCACCUUCGAGGCGCUAACGGUGGGCGGGCUGGCGGGUGACUGCUUCAACGCUUUGGGGAGCCACCGGCAGGAGCUCCUGAGGCAGCACGUGAACCGCUACCUCAACGCCUUCCUUUUGGAUAGCGGCAUCCAGAUCGAGUCAUGUGACCGCUACUCCUCGGAGACCAACGGAGCCAAGAUUUCCUCCACCAGACACUGGUUUGCGGGCGAGCGCGUGGAGGUCCUUCUGGGUUGCAUCGCCGAGCUGAGUCCAACCGACAGCGCCGUGCUGCGGGCCGGCGUCAACGACUUCAGUGUCAUGUACUCCACACGCAAACGCUGCGCCCAACUCUGGCUCGGACCUGCUGCCUUCAUUAACCAUGACUGCAAGCCAAACUGCAAGUUUGUCCCCGGUGAGAAGAAUGGCGCUUGCGUGGAGGUGAUUCGACCCAUCUCACCUGGGGAGGAGAUCACGUGUUACUACGGUGCCAGCUUCUUCGGCGAGGGCAACGAGAUGUGCGAGUGCUGCACCUGCGAGAAGAAAGGGGAAGGUCACUUCAAACACAGAGGGAAGCAGCCGCAAUGUGAGGAAACAAAAGACCCCGGUGACCAGAAGUACCGGCUCCGAGAGCGCUACCUUCGCCACCAGCGAGAGAAGGGACGCUUAAGCCCCAAGCCCAUUCUUCCGGGAUUACAUUCAGCAAUCCCCUCGAGGAACUCCUUCACCCAUCAGAUGCGGAAGAAUGCCCUUAAAAACCGAAAGUGGAAGCAGACAAAUAAGUGGAGGCGACAGAACCACAGGCUCACAAGACCCGGUGAAUUGGCUGAGCCCAAGAAAGAGCAACGGACGCUGCCGCUCCCGUCACAGUGCCUGAUCCGAGACCUGAGCAUUAGGGUGCGGCGCCACUCGCUGGACUUUUUGCUGAUCUGCAAGGAUCCCAAAAGCAAAGAGAGGGCCCUCCUGCAGCAGCUGGAGCUGGUGAAGCCAAGGAUAACCCCCAACGUAAAACGUAUCUCACGAGGUCUACUUCAGAAGAAUAAAGAGCAGGUUGGUGUUCCCUUGAGGAGCUCAUCCAGAUCCAAAAGCACGGCCAGGCUCGCCUCAGACAAAACCUCAAGCACGAUAAAACAGGACAAGACGGAGCAAAAAAACUUGAAGUCCAGGGUCGGUCAGAAUCUUCUGGAACCUUGUAAGAAAGAUUCAGAGAAGCCGCUACUAUCGUCACUCAAGCAAUACCUGACGGUCCGACUCACAAGAAUCUCAGCGCCUUGCGGGGAGGCACAGGAAACAAGGCUUGACGACCGGCACGUAAGGGAGGAGCUGAGAGGGAAGAUGAGGCAGAUUCAGGGCCUCAGACCACUGACUGCACAUAAAUCCCAACAGAAGCAGGGACCACCCGCCCCAGUUGCCCCAGCCCCAAUUGCUCCAGCCCCUUGCACCGCGGAAGCUCCGAAAGGAGCGCGGAAAAUGUUCUCCCAGGCUAUAGAUGAACGACCAUUACGGAAGCGACAUGCCUCAAAGAGGGCCGGGGGGGACUCUUCCCAUCUAGUGGAAGGUGGAAAAAACAAGAUUAUCGAAAUCCAGACAGUCGUGGAAGAAAAAACGCCAACAGAAAAGGACAAACCCAAAGAGCACAAAGAGAAGCGAAAGCUUCGUACAAAUACAUCGAGGACAGUGACAACCAGACGGAAUAACUCGCAUGGGGUUAAAUCUCCAAAUCCAGGUGAUGUUGACAGUUUGGAACAGGUAACGCCAAGCAAACCAGUACCCAACCUAAGCAAUGACAUCGUCCUAAAACAGGCCAGGGUCCUCCUGUGUGAUUUUUUGAAGAAAAGUAAAGCCUCAGCCGACGAGCAACCGGAGGGCGAUGGUUGUUCCUCGGAUCAGAGAGAAGCCCAAGAGGGCAACGAUGUGUCGACGAAACGAAAUGUCAGUCGGCUGCAGAAAAGCCACAGACGAGUGAAGACGAAAGCUGAGCUGAAGUCCAACAGCAGAGAAAGCAGUUUGGUUCCCUCAGCUCAGAAUCCCGACCAGCUCGACACACCGGCAGCUGCCGACCUCAAUCCGCUACCUCUCCAGCUGCAUCUUUCGGCCAGCACCAGCCAGACCGCUCAGAACCUUGAUGCCGUGCAGUCCAACAUACCUCUGAAGAAGCGGACGUUUCGCAGUGCUGCCGAAUCGGAACAAAGUGCAACGGCUGCUUCUGUCACGACGCCCAUAGAGGUUGCCGGCACGUCCUUAAGGCGGGAAUCGAGUCGUCGGCCCAAAAAGAUGAUCAAACGUGCCAGAAAACGCAAAGUGACGCGAGCAAAAGUGCGGAGGGUGAGCUCUGCAAGGCUCUCGAGGCUAAACUACGCGGGCAGGGUGCUUCGGCAUCGAGUUACCAAAGCUCCUCGCGGUCGCCUUAGUAAAGUUCACAAGUUAAAAUCCGAGAGGCGAGAUGAAGACGACAACCACAACUCUGUUGAGCAGGAUGGAAACAAUCAGAGGACGGAUGAGCAAGAGAAAGACGCACAGGUGGGGAUAUCAGCCUUGGAACAAAGUGACGCUGAGGAGACGAAGCCAGAACUUAACUUCAGGAUCCGAUUCAAGAGGAGAAGAGGCAAACUGUGGGAGAUGCAAAGCAACGAUUUGGACGGUCCGAUCAAAACAGAAAACCGGAAAGAAGUGGACAGUGAUCCUUUUAAAGCCAUCAUGCAUUCCGUGUCUGUGUUGAGCAUGGAAAUGCAGGCCGCUCAGGCCCAUGUGCAAGCCUGUAAGAGGUCCAAGAGCAGACUCCUUCGCUUGAAAAAACGGGGCGAGAGGAAGAAUGCCUUCACAAUGUUGAAGCUGCCCAGAGAAGAUUUAGGGCCAAGCCGGCAAUUCGACAAAACUCAAAGCGAUAUGUCGUCUGCUGUCCAAGGAACGAAAAGUGAAGAUAGGUUCACGAGAAGCUGUUGCCUUUUUGAAAGUGAGUCGAAGCAGAAACUGGAGUCCGACUUGGGUUUGAAUGGCGUUCUUCUGCCGGUUCUCAAAUUGCGCAGAAAGGUGGAGGACAUCUGGGAGGUGGACGACAUUGAUGAGAUGCAGAACCAGCUCCAAGAUAAAAUGGAGAGAUCGGUCAAGAGAGAACUUCGAGGUCCCGCGUUAGCCAAGCAAAUCCCGGGACUGCUGGACUUGAGCAAGGUCAGAGAGGAGCCGUUGACUCCCAAGUUGAACAAUAACGCGUCGCUCCUGAAAACGGACGAGACGGACAAGCCGGAGUUGUCUUUGUCGCUGUCACCGCUUUCCCUGUAUUGCCCUAAUGACGAGGACGCAGAGAGUGCGGUCGUGGCCAACUUGAUUGCCGAGAGACCGGAAGCCAGCAGCAUUAAUGGCCGGAAGCAGCGGCACAAAAUGGCGUCCGAGUGUGACACGCCCACCAACUGCCUCAGUCAGUCCCUCCAACAGAUCGACAACAGCCUCUCCAAACUCUCCGAGGGUCUUUGCUCAUCGCAAAUUUUGGAAAAGACAGCUGUCUUGUCCGGAAUUCCCAGUUCCAUCAUCCAGCCCCCGUCGUCCCAGUCUCCGCCCUUCCCAACCGCAGAUAACAUUCUCCCGGGCGAGCCCAAUUUCGCGAACUGCUGCGAUGACAUCCUGGACUUCCAGUAUCUCAACUUUGAAGGCUACGAUCAGCCGCAGAACAUCCUCAACUCAUCGCCCUCCGAUCUGUGUUCGCUGGACCCCCCUACGGAUCCCUUUAGUAGCCCCCUCUCACACAGCCCCUCGGACACAUGGACCACUGAGACGCCCUACAUUUGCGCCCCGAGUCCCAACAACAACUUCACCAGUGACGAUCUCCAGUUCUUCCCCGCUCUGCUCCCGUCCAAGAAUGAUUCAGUCUCUCUGGACUGUGAGACAAAGAGUAGCUCUGGCAGAAUCCCACCCCAAGCAGGUCUGAGUUUUUCAGAGCUCGCCAAUCCCGAACUGGCGGGAAAGGAUCGACCAACCUUCAGCAAGGAUCCCGGAAUGAGGCUCUCCAGAGAGGACUUAAAAGCUCCUUUGUCGUCAGCGGCGGUCAGCAAACCUCGCCUAUUUGGCACUCCUGCUGCACUCUCUCAGAAUGCUCCUCCUUUAGUACCGCCCGCCUCAAACGUCAAACCAAGCAGCAGCCAAUCAAAAGUCACAUCCAACCUGAAAACACACGGACCCUUCCACCGCAUGAGCAUUCCCAAACAGCCCCAGACAUUUGCCAACUGCCAGACGAGUGCGCACCGAGGCGCCCCCCAAACGAGGUCCGUCCUGCCGUCUCCGAUGGCCAGCAAGUUCCUCCAUCCUCAACUCUUGGCGGGCAGAAAUCCAAACCACCCAGAUAAUCUCUUCAACUCCCAAGAAAAGUCCUCCACUGUGAUCCACAGGGUUAUGAAGCUUCAGGGCGGGAACCCGAGCCAGAACUUGUACAGCGCUCCCCCCAGAGACCAUGUGGCUGCUGGUGGCCACACCACGUCCAAAACAUUUGCUAGCAAAUCCAAUGAAAACUUUCAGCACAAAGACAAUGUUCCUGUUCAAAACGGCAGCUACUUCGCGCCCUCAGCCAACCCCAGCAGGUCCAGCGUCUAUUUCAACAAACACAGUUCAUCCUUCCACCAAACCUUCAGCCAAAGUAAAACGGCUUCUGAAAAGCAGGACGAUGCCACUGCGACGUACAAAAACUUCUCCAACCUGCCAAGACCUUUCUUCUUCCCCACUAAAGACGCUUAUUCUUACCCACAGGAGACAUCCAAACACGACAAGUCUACUCUGCUGGGCUCUGACAAGGACCAGCCUUGUUAUCCGCAGCAGGAUCCAUUUGAUUUCAGCUUCGCUUCGUCGCUUUCUCCAAUGUCGUAUCACAGCGGUCCUCAAAUGAACCACAGUACGCCACCUGAUACACUGGCCUCGGCAAGUCGGACCCACCCGGCAGCGUCCUUCUCGUACGGCCCACAGGGACCUCCUUACGUACUCAACUUCAGCGGCGACCACUCGUUGACGCUGGGCCUCAGGGACUCGCCCGAAGGUUACCCGGGACUCGGACCCGCAAACUACACCUACCACUGCUUGAUGGAACCUUCGGGCACUCAAGGGCGGCUGGUUCUGGAGCCCUGCGGUUCCCAGCCGUCCAACCCGCCCUCGUUUUGCAUGGGUAGCUUCUCAGGGCAUAAAGCGGGUCCGGACGAACACUUGAAGAAGGAUGCGCCCCACCAGAACCAGCCGGGCGACCACCAGGACAUACCGCAUUAUGGGCCGACGUCUCACUCCAUGGGUUCUACCAAACCCAAGCGGGUCAGGCUGGUGGUGACGGACGGAACUGUGGACCUGGACCUCCAAUAUUCUGACUGAUCCACAAUGCACGUUUUUGCAAAAUUGCCCGUCAGACUUUGAUUAGAUGACCAAAUAGCUGAUGACCAGUCUUUGGAAGUCCCAGACUGUGACUUCUUAGCCGCCCUGCGGCGUCCGGGCCGUGAUCUUGGUGUGUGUUUUUUUAUGGGCAGCUUUAUGCCUCCGGUUUUCCUAUCAGCCUUUUUGAAUACUUCGAUUUUGAUAGCCACAAGAAUCUCCUUUCUCACUGUUUGUACGCGUGCAAGUGUGUUUUUAGUUGUUGAGCGGUCACCAUUGCUUACUGCGUGUGGAACUUCAGAGCUUUUUUUUUUUUUUGUCUGAAUGCUACCUAAAAUUUCAUGUCUAAUCCGGUCAAAAAUUGCCAACUACGUAGUAGCAGCAUCUGUAUCAAGAUUCACACUGUCGGAGUUUUUCCAUAUCAGCAUUCUGUCCUUGUCUAACUUGUCGUGACACUUAAAUGAUGAUUAACUAUGUGUCUAAUCAGCAUUUUUGGCAAAGGUAUGAAAUUGAAUAAGCUUUUGAGGGUCCGCGGUCGUCCAUAGUGAAGCAAAUAAUUUAUGUUGUGAAGAAUCAACAGUGACAAUCUUUCCACUGUUUGUGUCGACGUCAUUGUUGCGUUUCCAUGCCAGCCUUCCAUGCCGCUGUACCAUUGUGUAUUUAUUUGAAACCUGUUGGCCUACUUGCGGUUUUGCUUUUAAAACAAAAUGGUGCUUGAACCUAAUUUAUACUUCACCUUGAUUGUUGAUAGGAGUAAAUGUUUUACGGUUAUUUAACGGGACAAAAAGCGUAUUGAGUUGAAUAUGGAGAUGACAUAAAUAUAUAUAUAUACAUAAAAAUCUAUAUUAUAUGACUUGUAACAAAUUUCUCAUCCGCUGUUGUAAAACUUUAUUUUGGGUCCCCCCCAAGCCUGAAAGUGUUAGUCUUAUUAAAAAGGAAAACGUUUGCUGUAGAAAUGUACAAAAUGUCGCUUGUACACAAUUAAAGACUCUCUCUCCUUUUCAGAUUUUA